CGGCUCCCGCUCCCGCUUCCGCCGUUGCCACCGCGCCUGGCUAGGCCCGACAGGCCGUUCCGAGGACCGCGACCAAGAGAGAGGGACGCCGACAGCCAGCCAUGGCCGAAACGGCGCCCGCCCUGGCUCCCGAGAGGGACAAAUGCCCCGGGGCCCAGCAGCCUUCGACACCUUCCAUGCCCCAAGCGGCUGCUGAGAACAACUCCUAUCUCUACUCCACUGAGAUCACACUGUGGACAGUAGUGGCCGCCAUUCAGGCCUUGGAAAAGAAGGUCGAUUUCUGCCUGAACCGAAUGCAGAGCCUGGAGGGACGUGCGGGGACAGCCGAGAAGAAGCUGGCCGACUGCGAGAAGACGGCCGUGGAGUUCGGCAACCAGCUGGAGGGCAAGUGGGCCGUGCUGGGCACGCUGCUGCAGGAGUACGGGCUGCUGCAGCGGCGCCUGGAGAACGUGGAGAACCUGCUGCGCAACAGGAACUUCUGGAUCCUGCGGCUGCCCCCGGGCAGCAAGGGGGAAGUCCCCAAGGUGCCCGUGACCUUUGAUGAUGUGGCCGUGUAUUUCUCGGAGCUGGAGUGGGGCAAGCUGGAAGACUGGCAGAAGGAGCUCUACAAGCAUGUGAUGAGGGGCAACUACGAGACGCUGGUCUCGCUGGAUUACGCUGUCUCAAAGCCAGACCUCCUCACCCGCAUAGAGCGGGGAGAGAAUCCUUGUCCUGAAGAGCAGUGGGGCCAGGAGGAGAGUGAGAAGACUGCACGGCCAUCGGAACCAGGUGCGGGCCUCCCUCUGUGCCCGGAGCGCAUUCUCGGCCCUGCCAGUCCUGCCCACAAGGAGUCCGCACAUGGGCAGGCUCCUGAGCUGCAGCAGCAUUCAGAGGCGAGAGUGACCCCAUGCGAGCCAGGCACUGGAGGUGUCGUGACCAUCAAGACAGAAGUGCUAUCAGAGGAUGAGCUGUCGCCAGAGCAGAUCUCCCUGGGGACUCCGAGCCAGCCCACCUAUCAAAUCCCCGAAGGGCCCAGGAGCAAGCCCCGGGGCCCCAGCCAACAUCCUGCUGAUAGGGUGCCGAGGGUGCGGGUGGCCGAGCUGCGGUCACCGGGGGCUGUGGGCCAAGUGCCCCGCGUCCUGCCCCGUCGGCGAGAACGGACCUUCCCCUGCCCUGACUGCGGCCAGAGCUUCCGCUUGAAGAUCAACCUGACAAUUCACCAGCGGACACAUGUGGAGAAGGAACCCAGGGAGACUCCGGGCAGCUCGGCCACUGAGUGGGGUGAAGCUGAAGCUCCCUCUGCCCUGGAGCCAGGGGAGGUGGUGGUGCCCGGGCCGGUCAUCCGCUGGCUCCCUGAGGAACCCCAGGGCCACGCCUUCACGGGCCACAAGCCGGCCACCUCCAAGGUGUACCACUGCAGCGAGUGCUUGCGCUUCUUCCAGCAGAAGAAGAGCUUGCUGCUGCACCAGCGGCUGCACACAGGCAACAGCCAGGGCUGGCCUGCCUGCCCCUACUGCGGCAAGGCCUUCCGCCGGCGCUCGGACCUCUUCCGUCACCAGCGCAUCCACACUGGUGAGCGGCCGUACCAGUGCCUGCAGUGUGGCCGGGCCUUCAACCGAAGCCACCACCUGGCGGUGCACAUGCAAACUCAUGCCCGAAGCCACACAGGCCUGCACUUCUCCACGUCCUCUGCCCACCACGGGAGUCCACCCCUGCCCAGUCCCAGCCACAUGGAGGAGGGCUGACCAGGCCGAACCCUGCCGGGACCCCUCUGGCACCGCCUGCCUUGCCUGGAGAG